AUGGCCUAUUUCUACACUAUUGUUUUCUCAUUUUUCUUCCUCCACCAACUAAUCAUUUUCUCUAAUGGCCAAAAUAUUACAAUUAAGGGAGGUUUUUACCUGCUUAGGGACAGUGGAUUAGACUUAGACAAAAUUGAUUUAACUCCUUUCUCUCAUUUAUUUUGUGGAUUUGCUGAUAUAAAUUCCCAAUCCAAUCAAUUAAUUCUCACUUCACCAAAUUCAUCAUUCACACAAUUUAUAAGCAUAGUCCAACAAAAAAAUCCUUCUGCAAAAACAUUAUUGUCUAUAGGUGCAAAUACCACAGCAUAUGGAGACAUGGCUACAACACCAAAUUCAAGAAAAAGUUUUAUUGAUUCAUCAAUAAAAUUAGCCAGACAAUUGGGAUUUCAUGGCCUUGAUCUUCGUUGGAUAUUCCCAGAAUUAGCUGAUGACAUGAGGAAUUUAGGUAUUCUCUUAAAUGAGUGGCGCGAAGCUAUCAACACGGAGGCAAGAAACUCUAGCGAAUCGGCUUUACUUUUCACGGCAGCCGUUUCCGGUUCGCCUGAUGUCAAUGGUUCGAGUUACCCGGUUCAAUCAUUGGCAAGAAACUUAGACUGGAUCAACCUACUAGCAUACGAUUUCUACGGACCGAAUUGGUCGCCUUCACAAACGAAUUUACAUGCACAAUUAUUCGACCCAGUGAAAGGCGUGAGUGGUAGCGACGGACUCAACCAAUGGAUUCAGAAAGGCAUAUCGCCGCAAAAAAUAGUUUUCGGAAUUCCCUUUUUUGGAUACGCGUGGCAAUUGAAUAAUACAAAUAUUCACGAUCUCAGGGCUCCGGCUAUCGGAAAAUCGGACGUCUACGAUGGCCCAUGGAUGACAUAUGCCCAAAUUAGGGAUUUUAUAGUGCAGCAUCGCGCUACGACUGUACAUGAUGAUAAAAUUGUUGGAGAUUAUUGUUACUCAGGAAAUACUUGGAUUAGUUAUGAUGAUAUUCAAAGUGUUAGGACUAAAGUUUCUUACAUUAAAAGUAGAGGAUUGCUUGGUUAUUAUGCAAUGGAUAUUUCAGGAGACACUAAUUGGAAUUCUGUUCUUUCUCAUGCUGCUUCACAAGAAGCUGAUGGAAUGACAGAAGGAGGAAUUGUGAACAAGAAGAAAAAACUCAAUCGACUAGUUAUCAUUUUGGUUCCAAUUGGUGCAGUAUUAAUAUUGAUAUUGCUACUGUUGAUAAUUUGGUGUCAUCGAAGGAGACAAGUACUUAAAUUUCAAGAGUUAGAGAGGAACCAAAGGAACAACAUGGAAAGCAAAAAUAAAGCAAGAAAAAGUGGAGAUAAUAGCAAUUUGCAAGAUUUUAGUUUUGAUGAGAUGAAAGAAGCUACAAACAAUUUUUCAUUUGAAAAUAAGCUUGGAGAAGGUGGAUAUGGACCUGUUUACGAGGGUAAGUUAAGGAAUGGAGAAAAAAUAGCAGUGAAAAGGCUAUCAGAGACUUCAUCUCAAGGAUUGGAAGAAUUUGAAAAUGAAGUGAUUCUUACAGCAAAAUUACAACAUAUAAAUCUUGUAAAAGUUGUGGGAUUUUGCAUUGAGAAUGAAGAAAAAAUGUUGAUCUAUGAAUAUAUGCCCAACAAGAGCUUGGACUACUACAUUUAUAAUCAAGAAAGAAGAUUUCUUCUAGAUUGGGAGAAGAGAGUGCAAAUAAUUGAAGGCAUUAUUCAAGGGCUAUUAUACCUUCAAGAAUACUCAAGAUUGACAAUUAUUCAUAGGGAUAUAAAAGCCAGCAAUAUUCUAUUGGACUUACAAAUGAAACCAAAGAUUUCUGAUUUUGGAAUGGCAAGAAUGUUUAAGGAGGAUGAAGUUGAAGCAAAUACAAGCAGAAUAGUUGGAACAAUGGGUUAUAUUCCACCUGAAUAUGCAAUUGAAGGUAGAUAUUCAACAAAAUCUGAUGUUUUCAGUUUUGGAGUACUACUUCUUCAAAUCAUAAGUGGGAAGAAGAAUACAUGUCUACAUGGUCCAGAUGACAACUUAAACCUUCUUGAAUAUGCAUUUGAGAUGUGGAGAGAUGGUAAAGGCAUGGAAUUUAUGGAUGAAUCACUUGAUGAUAAUAUAUCAUAUUGCAAACUAUUAAAUUGCAUGCAAAUUGCACUACUAUGUGUCCAAAAAGACCCAUUGGAUAGGCCUACAAUGUUAGAAGUUUCUAAUAUGUUUAAAAAUAUUGCAAAUUUGUUCAUGGAGUUCCCUAAGAGGUCUGCAUUUUCUGUAAAAGAAGAUGAAGAAAAAUAUGGCUUAGUGCAACAAAGAGAAGAAGUUAACACUGUAACAAUCACACAAUUGAUUGCAAGAUGACUCAUGUUCACAAGCAUUUUAGUGGUGUUAAUCGUUAGAUUCGAUUUAGCUUUUAUACUGUCUCAAUCAUCUUAAUUUCUAUUCAGUUUCGAUAUUGUUUCGAUUGACAAUAAGGGAAUUAAAUGUGCCUUGUUUUUUGAAUUUCCGUCUGGUGUUCGAAUUGGAGUACGAUUAAUUCAGAUACAUAUAUUAAUAAUAGUUGUCUUGUUUUCUUUCUUUUGA